CUUUUACAAAAUGACUGAAUCAUUUCCCCAAACAUCUGCUGUUGAUAUUCCUCAAGCAAAAGAUACACAUGUCCUUGUCCAAGCUACCUCGGACGGAAAUGCCACAUUGACUUCCAUUAUGACUGAUGCUGAGGGAAAUCAAACACAUCACUACACUGAAACUGGUAUUUCACCUACUUACUAUUAUACUUCGGGUGGCUCCAUGAUUCAUGAUACACAUCAUGUUGGUUCUCCAGUCUAUGGUGAUCAAUCGCGUAUCUUUUUCUCUCAUCAUUCAAGCUGCAGUUGUCGUGGUUCAGGCGUAGGAUGUGAAUGUACAAAAAAAUGCUCAUGUUAAAAAUUGAAUGAUUAUCUUUAUUGAUGAAAUAAAUAAAUAAAUAAAUAAAAUGUAUA